GCUGUCUGGACGGAUUGCGGCGGGCUCGUGCUGGCUGGACGGGCGCUCCGUCUCCAGUCCCACCCCGGCUUCUGCCGGCCGGCUCCCGACGUGCCCGUCCUUCAGCGUCUGCCGAGCCUUGCGGUCCGCUGCCAGGCCUCUGUCCGGUGCGAUUCUUCUGAGGUCAUUUGGAAGCCGCCAAAAUGGUUCUAGCAGAUCUUGGAAGAAAAAUUACUUCAGCAUUGCGCUCACUGAGCAAUGCUACAAUUAUCAAUGAAGAGGUUUUAAAUGCUAUGUUAAAAGAAGUAUGCACAGCACUACUGGAAGCUGAUGUUAAUAUUAAACUUGUGAAGCAGCUAAGAGAAAAUGUCAAGUCUGCAAUUGAUCUUGAAGAAAUGGCAUCUGGCCUUAACAAGAGAAAAAUGAUUCAGCAUGCUGUCUUUAAAGAACUUGUUAAACUUGUAGAUCCUGGAGUUAAAGCAUGGACACCUACCAAAGGAAAACAGAACAUUAUAAUGUUUGUUGGUUUGCAAGGAAGUGGUAAAACAACAACCUGUUCAAAGUUAGCAUACUUCUAUCAAAGGAAAGGUUGGAAGACGUGUUUAAUAUGUGCAGACACAUACAGAGCAGGUGCUUUUGACCAAUUAAAGCAAAAUGCAACAAAAGCAAGAAUUCCUUUUUAUGGGAGUUAUACAGAAAUGGAUCCUGUAAUUAUUGCCUCAGAAGGCGUUGAGAAAUUUAAGAAUGAAAACUUUGAAAUUAUCAUCGUUGAUACAAGUGGACGUCACAAACAGGAAGACUCGUUGUUUGAAGAGAUGUUACAAGUUGCUAAUGCCAUACAACCAGACAAUAUUGUUUAUGUGAUGGAUGCUUCCAUUGGCCAAGCUUGUGAAGCUCAAGCUAAAGCUUUCAAAGAUAAAGUAGAUGUAGCUUCUGUCAUUGUGACUAAGCUUGAUGGACAUGCAAAAGGAGGUGGCGCUCUUAGUGCAGUUGCUGCUACAAAGUCUCCUAUUAUUUUUAUUGGAACUGGUGAGCACAUAGAUGACUUUGAACCCUUCAAAACACAGCCUUUCAUCAGCAAACUUCUUGGUAUGGGUGAUAUUGAAGGAUUGAUAGAUAAGGUAAAUGAAUUGAAGUUGGAUGAUAACGAGGCCCUCAUAGAAAAGCUCAAACAUGGUCAGUUUACACUAAGAGAUAUGUAUGAACAAUUCCAAAACAUCAUGAAAAUGGGACCAUUCAGUCAGAUCCUGGGUAUGAUUCCUGGUUUUGGAACUGACUUCAUGAGUAAAGGCAAUGAACAAGAAUCAAUGGCGAGGCUAAAGAAAUUGAUGACUAUAAUGGACAGUAUGAAUGAUCAAGAACUUGACAGUACGGAUGGUGCCAAAGUAUUCAGUAAGCAGCCAGGAAGAAUCCAAAGAGUAGCAAGAGGUUCAGGUGUUUCUACUAGAGAUGUCCAGGAGCUUUUGACCCAAUACACUAAAUUUGCACAGAUGGUGAAAAAGAUGGGAGGUAUCAAAGGACUUUUCAAAGGUGGUGAUAUGUCCAAGAAUGUAAACCCAUCACAGCUGGCCAAGCUGAACCAACAGAUGGCAAAGAUGAUGGAUCCAAGAGUCCUUCAUCAUAUGGGUGGCAUGGCAGGAUUGCAGUCAAUGAUGAGACAGUUCCAACAAGGUGCCGCUGGGAAUAUGAAAGGCAUGAUGGGAUUCAACAAUAUGUAAAGAAGCCUUAAUAAAAAUGGACUGGUUUGACUUAGUUGCAACUUCAGUGAAAGGAUUUGUUUCUUCCUUUUUACAGCGAUGGGCAGAGUGAUCUUUUAAAAUGCUAUUCAAGCUUCUCGGUUUCUACAUCUAAUUUCUGAAAACUAUUUUUGCUUAAAUUAGUUCCUCUCCACUAAUACCUGAUGGCACAAAGAGUAAUUGAAUUUAAUGAUGUAAAAUUUUAAUAUUUAGAGACAGUUUUUAAUUGUUUACAUUAAAUGGCAGCCAUUAUAUUUGUAAACAACCCUGAUCUUUGGUUAUAGUACAUAAAAUGUCACAAAUAUACUGUAAAAUAAAAUUAAGUAAUUAUAAACACCAGAAUGGCUUACUUUUUCAAUUCUUUCGUAUUGAUCAUUUAUCAGUAUGUAAUGAGACUUCCUUAAUUUUAUAAAUUUCUAAUUACUGCUGUAACUCUUUGGCAUAUACAGUGUAACUAGUUCAACAUCUGAAAUAUGCUGUUGCUCAGAUUUUUGAAGCUAGUAUUGCACAGAACUUUGUUCUUCAGAAUUCUAUAGUUCUUUCCAUAUACAUAAAGAAUGAAGCAAAUAACAAUGUGUGCAUACAGAUACCUUCAGUAUAUUUAACAGCUCGAUAAUCUUCAUACCAGACUGCCAAUUAAACUGUUAUUUUGUGGUGCAGAUAGUUAAUAAUAUAUAGUAGAUAGAACUUUGUGCUGGUAUUCAACUUGAAAUAAAAACAGCUGUAUCUGGCAGACCAUAUUGCCCCAACUCA